CGGACAGCUGAAGCCUGAAAGGUCUCCCUCCCCCUCUUCGUCUGCGAUCCAGUGGCACGUGUCAGACGUGGUUCGCACAAGAUGUUCCUGAGCGGCCCAGGGGUGAGCCUUGGGCAACGAAGUCUUGAUUUGCCUCUUUACUUAAGGUUGACAACUGCCACACCCAUCACUAGAAACAUGGUCUUUUGAUCCCGCAUCCUCACGCAUACCGCCGCAAGCCGUUCGCUCUCCAAUCCACUCCGCACCUCCCUCUCACCCCCGGGCAAGGACUACGAGUCGCUCCGUGUACCCAUUUCACAUCACGAUGCGCGCCGACACCACAUUUGUGUUGCUUGCACAGGCUCUCGCCGUCCAGGGCGUGCGGAUCGUCCAGUCCAACGACGACGGGUGGGCAGAGCUCUACGUUCGCUCUUUCAACGAUGCGCUGAAAGCCUCCGGUCAUGACGUCCUUCUCUCGGCACCUGCUGAGAACAAGUCCGGCUCCAGUUCCCUCGACGUUGAGCCGAGCCCGCGGACUAGCGCUUGCCAGUACAACAGCUGCGCAGCCAACAGCGGACCGGUCGGCUUCAAUGAGACCCGCAAGGACCUCCGCUGGGUCAACUCGUACCCGGUAACAUCCAUGCGCUACGGUAUCGAGCAGUUUGCUCCAGAGCAAUUCAAUGGUGCCGCCGUAGAACUCGCCGUCUCUGGCCCUAACGUCGGCUCCAACCUCUGGCUCCAGGUCCCUUUCUCGGGCACUGUCGGUACCGCUGUCUAUGCUUCAGGCACGAAGGGCAUUCCCGCCAUCGCCUUCUCCGGCUCUUCGGAUGGCACUCUCGCGUGGAACACGCAGCCUGUGCCUGCGCGAAGCACGGUAUACGCCGAGCUCGCGACGCGGCUGGUGGAUAAGAUUGUGAGCGGGGGCGCUCCGUACCUGCCGGAGAAGACAUGGUUGAAUGUCAAUUUCCCGAAGGUCAGCGACACGGAGUGCAACGACCCGGACCAGUUCAAGUGGGUCUUGAGCCGGAUCAACCCGGGACUGCUGUCCGGUCCGGAUGUGAGCACGUGCGGUGAUGAUGCGAGGUUGCCCGAGGAGAACACGGUUGUCGGUACGGCGGGAUGCUACAUAUCCGUGAGCGUGGGUGAUUCCAACGACAAGACGACGGCGUCCAAGGAGAAGCAGCAGCCUGUGUUGGAUCGGUUGUCUGGCUUUUUGUCUUGCUUGCCCUGAACCGAC